AUGCUCGUGUUUUGCUUUCUGUUACCGCUACAGUGCUUUGAAUGCAAAGCGGAAUGGUUUUGCAUGUAAACCACAAUAUGAGUGUACCCUGCUUUUCCAUUUUCAUGCUGACUUCCGCAGACACGCUAAAAUCAUUCGAUAAAGUUACACAGAAGGGCGCAUUUCUUUCUUGGCCACACUACGGAGCAGGGGAAGGUCACCAUCUCUCCAGGCGAUUGAGGAUUCUAUGCUAGCAUAUAUUGCUUGUUUACUUACGUGUUACGAGUUCCAAGCAACAAUAAGCAACCAACGAAAUACGGAAGAAGAAUGCAUACCAGUAAUUUUAACGUGUCAUUUUUAGAAACUCCCCCUUAAUAAUGCAAUAGAUCAUUCACUUUAUGGAAACAUGUUUCUAGCAAGCUGCAGCACUAUAUCGAUAACUAAGCAAUCAUUGUUGUAUAACUAGACUCGUAUAUACAACGUGGAAUAGGCCCGAGCUAUAAAGAAUGAUUAGGCGAGGAGGCCUUCCGCUGGUCAAAUGAACAUGCGUGCUGAAUUUACCAAACAGCUACGGUUUGUUCUAACAGUGCGGACUCGUUGAA